ACAACCGAUAUCGACAAAACGAGUUAACGAGCGUAGAGGGGUUUUUUUUUUAAACAUAUUCUCAGCCUAAAGAAAGCUUGUGGGUUUAAUGAACGUGAUGACUUUGUUUUGUGGUGUGGCGAAUAAAGCGACAUUAAAUGACUGUCUUUAGUCAGAAAGCAGAGAACCGCUUUCUUUUGCCAGAAUGUCUGGCCAGCUAGCAUCUUAGCUAGCUAACCUAUGUUGUUUAGAUACCUGAGCUUUAGCCUGGAUAAUCGUGAAUCAUGGUAGAAAACUCCCCAUCGCCUUUGCCAGAGAGAGCCAUCUAUGGAUUUGUCCUUUUCUUGGGCUCACAAUUUGGCUUUUUCCUCUUUUUAGUUUGGGCAUAUGUUCCUGACUCCUGGCUUCACUCUGUUGGCUUGACGUAUUGGCCUCAGAAGUACUGGGCUCUAGCCUUACCGAUUUACCUGGUGGUCGCAUUAACUGUGUGUUUAGUGGUGCUGUUCGGAGUCAAUAUGAUGAGCACCGCUCCUCUAUGUUCUGUGGACAAUGUCACAGAUCACUUUUCUAAGAACCAGUGCGUGGACGUUGCUCAGCAUGGGGCUAUUCCCAGACUGCGAGAUAUCUCCAUCAGUGAAGUCAACCAUCACUUCUACCUCUCACAUGUUGAACCCAGGAACUGAGCAUGAGGGACCAUGUUCUUGCAUAGUCUGUGGUGCUUUCAAAUUUUUGAUCUGCAUUGAUCCAUAUAGGUAGCCAGCAUCCAGGAUUGGUUGUCAUCAGUCCAGGCCUCUGGAGUUUGCUGAGGUAUUAGCUGCACCUUUUCCAUCACUCACUCAUGACAGGACAGACAUUUGACUUUAAGAUGAACCCUAAGUGUAAGGUAUGGUAAACAGAUGGCCCUCGGAGAGGAGGCUUACUGCUGCACUGAAGAGAGUGAUGAAAAAUUGUACCCAUCUAUAAGAUCUUCUGGCAAAUUUGCUUGUGCACAAGUAAAAGUAUUAAAACAAACAACCUUUUGGAACUUUUGUCUUGGCCAGGCUUGCGGAAGCGGAAGGUUUAUCCACUUACAUAUUCUACUAUCUGUGUGUGACCUUCACUUCAAGUCGCUGCAUAUUACAGUUUUGGUAAUGGAGCUAUGGUAUGAUAUGGCUGACACAAAAUGACCUAAUGAAUAAAUGUUUUUUUUAAAAGUUAAAAGUACAGUAAAUGCAAUAUGUGUAUGUAUGUAUUGCAGAGAGGUUUUGGAAGAUCAGGGCACUUUUUAUCUAAUAAUAAAUAAGUUAUGUUAAUUUAUAUUAGUGGCGAAUACAUUUGUCUGUCUUUCAUAUUGUUGUAAAACGAUUUCUCACAAACCUUACUUGUCUGUCCUGAUGAGGCAAAGGGAUGCUCUGAGGAGGCAGUGGCCCCAGGGGUCAUUGAUAGUGUCUCACCUUCUGAACCCAUCAGACUAGAAGUGAAAUGGUCACCUCACUAUCUGACCAUCUCCUGGACUUCACAGAGGCUGCUCAAUCAGUCUGCUCACCUCUCCUGCCCUCACCUGUCCACUGCUGUUCUGCGCUGCCCAGGCUGCCUCCCUGUCCCAAGUCUCCUGCAGACAGGUGAAGGGUCAGUGGCCGCAGAUAUCCAAUCAUAAACAAACAGGGCUGGUGUCGAGUGGCUGGCCACUGUUUAACCUCCGUUACCUCCUGCCUGGUCUUUAGGCCCAGCCGCCCUUCGGCUGGACCAAGCCUCUGAGUGGAGGUGCAAAGGCUCUGGGCCUUGCUACAGUAAAGACACAACUAGAUAUCCUCAGAAAAACUGUGCAAGGCCUAAACUAUUACUCUGUGAUACAUAAUAAACACAACCAUUUUAACUGUACA